AUGCAACAGCCCCUUGAGCCCCCUGGGCAGCAGCCCCUGGGCUACGGCAAGUGCAGCCCCAUGGGCAGCGAUGCCGGGAAAGCUGCCGGGUGCAGCGCAGGCAGUGGGGGCAGCGGAAGCAUCGGGAAAGCACCGGUGAUGUGCAGUGCCGUGUGCGGGAACCCCUACGCGGGGCUGGUGAACCACCUGCGGGCAGCCUGGCUCUCGGGGAAGACGCGGCCCAUGGAGUACCGCAUGGCCCAGCUGGAGGCCCUGGGACGUUUCCUGGGUGAGAAGAAGCAGGACAUCCUGGAGGCCACCGCCUUGGACAUGGGCAAGCCGUCCUUUGAGGCUUACUUCACCGAGAUCCUCCUCUGCAAGAACGAGCUCAAUGACACCCUGAACAACCUGUCCCACUGGAUGAAGGACGAGCACGUGGACAAGAAUCUGGUGACGCAGCUGGACUCAGCCUUCAUCCGCAAGGACCCGUAUGGGGUAGUGCUCAUCAUCGCACCCUGGAACUACCCCAUCCACCUCUUCCUGGUGCCCCUCAUCGGGGCCAUCGCUGCCGGUAACUGUGUCAUUGUCAAACCCUCGGAGAUAGCCAAGAACACUGAGAGACUUGUUGCUGAAAUGCUGAGCUGCUACCUGGACAAUGACUGCUUUGCUGUGGUGACAGCCGGUGUGCAGGAGACCACCAGACUGCUGGAGAACAAGUUCGACUACAUCUUCUUCACUGGCAGCCCCUCCGUGGGGAGGAUCAUAAUGACGGCUGCUGCCAAGCACCUGACGCCCGUGACGCUGGAGCUGGGGGGCAAGAACCCCUGCUAUGUGUCUGACACCUGCGAAGUGCAGAACGUGGCCCGGCGGGUGGCUUGGGGACGCUUCUUCAACGCAGGGCAGACCUGCGUGGCGCCCGACUACGUGCUGUGCAGCGUGGAGAUGCAGGAGAAGCUGAUGCCCGCCCUGCGCGAGGCCAUCACUGAGUUUUUUGGAUCCAACCCCCGGGAAUCCCCCGACUUCGGCCGCAUCGUGGGGGACAAGCAGUUCCGCCGCAUCCGGGCGCUGCUGUGCAGCGGGCGCGUGGCCAUCGGAGGACAGACGGAUGAGAAGGAGCGCUAUAUCGCUCCCACUGUGCUGGCGGACGUGCUGCCCUCUGAUCCUGCCAUGCAGGAGGAGAUCUUCGGGCCCAUCCUGCCCAUUGUCGUUGUGGCCAACAUGGAUGAAGCCAUUGACUUUAUCAACGCGCGGCCGCGGCCGUUGGCCAUCUACGCCUUCUCCUGUGAUAGCAAGGUGGUGAACCAGGUCCUGGAGCGGACAAGCAGCGGUGGCUUCUGUGGCAACGACACCCUGAUGCACACGGCGUUGACCUCACUGCCCUUCGGUGGGAUUGGAAACAGUGGCUUGGGUAAAUACCAUGGCAAGUUCACUUUCGACACCUUCACCCACCGCCGUGGCUGCCUACACCGCAACAUGGGCCUGGAGGCUCUCAACGCCCUGCGCUACCCGCCCUACAGCCAGCAGAAGCUGGGGCUGUUGUCAGCCACCUUUGAGGUCAAGCGCAAGGGCAUGUGCACCCUGCUCUGA